ACAAACAUUGUAUUCUGAGUGACGGUGAAGUAUGAAGUCCUGCUGCAUCUUUCGGAUAACCAUACCAUGCAAGAGGUGUAUUCUGAGUGACGAGUGAUGCCUAUCUUGAAUUUGGUUAUCCAUUUUUAUUUCAAUUGGCGGUUGUGAUUUUGUUGAAUUAAAACAUUGAAAAAGUUUUGCGGUAUAUUCUAGGGUUCGUCCGGCGGUGAUUUAUUCAUUCAGUCCGGCGUGUCUUUCCGGCGGUGAUCUAUUCAUUCAGUCCGGCGUUUGAGACAGAGCAAGGCUAUCAUCAGCGGCGAUUGGCAAGGGACAUGGCUUUAUCUGAUAGACUAGUUUAUCUUUCAAAAUGAGUAUUGUAAGUUGGAAUUGUCGUGGUUUGGGGAAUUUGGCGACCGUACAGGUACUAUCUGAUUUGGUUCGGGAGAAGAAGCCGUCUGUAAUUUUUCCUAUGGAAACUAAAGCACAAUUUGGGCGACGCAAGAUGUUGCGAGAGAAGCUAGGCUUUGAACAUAGCUUUGUGGUUGAAAGCGUUGGUCUUAGCGGAGGGUUAUGCCUUCUGUGGCGUGAUUAUGUGACAUUGCACGUGUAUGCGAACUCAUUGCAUUAUAUUGAUUGUUUACUGUGUAUAGAGGAAGGGGAGCUAGAAUGGCGUUUUACCGGCUUCUAUGGCUGCCCGGAAAGGAAUAGAAGGCGUGAAUCGUGGAGUAUGCUACGUAGUCUAUCCCACCAGUUUGACAACCCUUGGCUUGUGGCAGGAGACUUCAAUGAUACCAUGUUCGACAGCGAGAGAAGAGGCCAGCUGCCACAGCCUAACUGGCUUAUGCAAGGCUUUCGUGACGCAAUUCGGGGAAGUGGACUACGUAAUCUGCAGUUUGAAGGGUACCAAUGGACCUAGGAACGAGUACGGGGAACAGACUAGUGGCUCGAAGAAAAACUUGAUCGCUUAUUGGAUCGCCUUCCCACACCAAUUUUGAAAAAUUUAACUCCUUUCGAAAAACUUUUUAAUAAAGCUCCUGAUUUUAAUUUUCUUCGUGAUUUUGGUUGUGCUUAUUCUGAUGCGGAUUGGGCCGGUUGUCCCGAUAGCAGUCAUUCCACAAUAGGUUAUGCUAUUUUUCUUGGGUGCAAAUCUUAUUUCUUGGAGGUCCAAGAAACAACUUACAGUCUCCAAGUCCUCUACCCAAGCGGAAUAUAAGGCUCUUGCUUACACUGUUCAGAAUACUCUCUUCAUUCGCUCCUUACUUACAGAUAUGGGCAUCACCAUUUCUAGUCCUGUUCAGCUUCAUUGUGAUAAUGCCUCUGCUUCGUAUUUGGCUGUCAACCCUAUUCAACAUGAUCGUAGUAAGCAUUUCAAGAUUGAUUAUCACUUCAUCCGCGAACGUGUUGCUCAUGGAGAUUUGGUCGUUAAAUAUGUUCCUACUCAGAUGCAGUUAGCUGAAAUUUUUACUAAAAAUUUAUCUAGUCAACGUUUUGAAUUUUACGCUCCAAUCUGCGCGUUGUUUCCCCUGCACAGAUUGAGGGGUGUAAUAGUAGAUUGCAUGUGACAUAUUUGUAAUUUCAUUACUUUCUGUAUUAUUAUAAAUAUACAUCGGAACACCCUAAUAGGGUGAGCUAUUAUUCCG